AAUUACAAUGAUAUAAUAUAAAUGAUAUGAGAUAUGAUAAUAAAGAAUAGCCUACCUCACGGGUCUUACAGGGACUCUAUAUUAUAUUAUAUUAUAUUAUAGCUAUUAUAUUAUAUUCAUGUGGUUGUCAUUUCUGGGGGAUUGGCGCCAUCUGGUGGUCGUCGCUAUUAUAACAACCAAGACUGCCCCUCCCUGCUGGUAAGUACACUGAUAAUUCAUGUUGCAAUGUCCUUAAUGCAAAUCCUCGUGUGUAGCCUUUGUAAAAAGAGCGAAUAGAAACUAUAAAUUAUCAUAAUAAAUCGCUGUAAUGUCUGUAUCAGUUGGUGUGGGCUGAACAGGUCACACAAUAUAUCUGCAGCCUGUUGAUUUGAAUGCACGCCCUGUAGCGUUUUGUUUCCAGAUUAAAACAUGUGAAAUAGUUGUUUUAUUUACAUGAGUAAUCCUCAUGUUUUGGUUUGGCUCAUGCUCAUGGAAACAGCGCCGAACUGCAACAAGGGGAGGAGAAUAGAGAGGAGGAGGGACCACAGCAAAAGAGAAACAGGUUUAUGAGGGAGGAAAGACGCCUUCAACUGGCUCUGGAUUCGUGAAAUCAACCUUUUUUUCUUCACUGUUUUCUUAAAUAUCACUUUUCUAACUGGAGUAGAGAAGAAAUCAACUGUCAGAGAAACAGAGUUUCCCAUAGAGAUCCCAGGGAGUGGACCAGGAAGUCUGACCUCCUUUUCACUGCCCAAGUUGUGGCCAACUCCUCACUAAACCAUGUCUGCCCCUGGUUACCAGCCACCCUAUCCUAUGGCCCCUUAUCCAAGUCCUGGGGGGUAUGGAGACCCCAGUCAAGCCCCUCCACCAGGCUUCAACAUGGGCUAUAAUCAAAACGUGCCUCCUGUCAUGUAUCAGCCAGGGCCAGUGGGGCCUGGUCCGGUUCCAGGGCAGGAGUAUGGUGCGCCUCCUGCCCAAGCUCCAGGGCAGGAGUAUGGUGGGGCUGCACCAACGAUGGCCCCAGCCAUGGCUGCUGUCGGAGUCCCACCAGGGCUUGAAUACCUCACACAGAUUGACCAAAUUCUGAUCCACCAAAAAGUUGAACUUCUAGAAGCAUUCAUCGGGUUCGAGACCAACAACCAGUACGAGAUAAAGAACAGCCUUGGCCAGAAGAUCUACAAGGCCAAAGAAAAGAACGACUGCUGCACCAGGAACUGCUGCGGCUCGCUGCGCAGCUUCGACAUGAAGAUCAAGGACAACAUGGACAGAGAGGUCAUCCGCCUCGUACGGCCUUUCCGCUGUGUCUCCUGCUGGUGUCCCUGCUGCCUGCAAGAGUUGGAGGUCCAGGCACCGCCAGGCACCACCGUUGGUUAUGUCAAACAGGACUGGCACCCUUGCCUGCCAAAAUUCUCCAUCCAGGGAGCCAACAAAGAGACCCUGAUGAAACUGGAGGGUCCCUGCUUCGCCUGCAACUGCUGCGGGGACGUGAACUUUGAGCUGAAGUCUAAAGCUGACAAAACCAUCGGUCGCAUCAGCAAGCAGUGGAGUGGCCUUUUGAAGGAGGUCUUCACAGACACGGACAACUUCGGCAUCCAGUUCCCCAUGGACUUGGACGUGAAGAUGAAAGCUGUGCUCAUGGGAGCCUGCUUCCUCAUUGAUUUCAUGUUCUUCGAGAAGGUCGGGGAGGCAAACCAGCGCAGCACUGUGUUUUCAUAACAGAGGAAAAGCAGGAGAAAACAACAGCAAGCACUUUCUCCAGUUAUGCAUUGUUUGUUCAAGUACUUUUCUUAUUCUUUUUUUCAUCAAAUUCCAGCCAACAUGGAGCCAUGGAUGCCCUAUAGAGUUUAUAGACUUUUGUUUUUGCUGACAUAUACUACUUACCAAAGAGACAGCCUUGCUCUCAGUGUCUUUUUCAAAUUGAAGUAAAAAUGGACAUCAUCUUAGAAGUUUGUAUCUAGGUUUUGAAUGUGCUUUAUGCUACACUGGCAUCGACAUUUCAUAUUUAUGUCGCAUAUUGAUAUGUUAUCAUUAGUCUACACUCUAACUUGCGCUUGCAAUAAUUUUGUGGGCAUAGAAGCUGUAUUUGUUGCCUUGUUUUUUUAUAAAGGAACACCCGGCACUAUACAGAAUAUCUGUAGUUAAAAAAAAAAGAUGCUACCGUUAUGCAGUGGAGUGGUGAUUAUUUUUAGUAAGAGGAAUGGGAGGUUUAGUGUAAUUUCAUAGAAGUCAAGAACACAAGUGCAGAUGCACACUGUGACAAUAUUAACCUC